AUGGAGCGAGUGUUGAGUGUUGAGUGUUGGCUGCAUCCACGAUUCACCCACCCACGCGCCGCACUGCCAUCGCUACACCCGUUCUACGCCUCUCCUCCUGCGCGACUCACACCUGCAUGCUCCGACCAAGCCCAUGAGUACUUGACCUUGGAGCUACAAUCACAUGCCAUCCCUGGCAGCAGCAGCAGCAGCAGCAGCAGCAGCGCAGACAACAACGACAACACCAUGACGGGCGAUUCGCAGACGCUCGACCAGAUAGUCAAGGGCGCGCCGGCACCGCAUACGUCAGUGCAUGCAGUUGCAGCGACGGCGUCUCCAGCGUACUUGGCCACGCUCGUCGACACGUCGCGCCAUGCCAACGACGGCACAGCAGCAGUCAAGCACCCGCGAAACGCGUCCAUCACCGACCCCACGUCGCUCCUUCCAAGCGCGCCGCCGCAAAUCUACCUCAACCUCCUCAUCCUCGAAGCGUCCCUGCGCUCCCAGUACCUCACGCUGCGCGCCCGGCGACGGCAGAACACGUUCGUGCUGACGCUGCUCUUCUUCUACCUCGUCAUCUUCUUCGACCUCAUCUUCCUGCGGCCGCGCGAAGAUGGCAAGGGCCGUGGGGGCAGCCAGUACUGGAUGGUGGACAUGCUGCAGAAAGUGUGCUUCAUCACCGGCGUCGUGACGGCCCUGCUGUUUUGGGCCACAGGCCAGUGGGAGCGCGGGGUGCGGUGGCCGCGGCGCUGGGUCGGCGUCGCCAACCGGGGGCUGAGGGGCAUCAAUGCCAAAAUCGUCGUCAUCCGUGGGCCGUGGUACCGCGAGCUGUUCGAAUGGCUCCUGUUCUUGCGCCCCUUCUCCGGCGGCCUGUGGGGCGGCGAGCAGGGCGGCAGCUCAUACCACUUCAUCAACGUCUCGCAGGAGAAGUCGCAUGGCCUCGAUGGCGGCGGUGGCCGUCCGCGUCACAGCAUAGUCCAGGACGGCAAGGAGUAUGCCGAAGAAGAUAUUGCCCCUGGCGGUGAUUACAUCAAACUGCUCCUCCUGCCUAAGCCCUUUACCCCCGACUUCCGACAGAACUGGGAAACAUAUCGCGCCGAGUACUGGGACAAGGAGAACGAACGACGUGCCGAACUCCGCACCAGUGUCCGCGCCAGGCAGCGCACCAUGGCAAGGCAAGAGGGCGGCUGGCUGUGGUGGAGCGGCUGGAGGGGAUGGAAGCGUGCACGCGGCUUCACCAGCCGCUCGGGCGACAUCGAGAAGAGCGGGCAUCACCAUGGACACAGUCACAGCACAACGGGGGAGAGACGCAAGCCAUUCAAGAAGCUCGUCGCGCAGCAUCACACCAACUCCAGACCUAGACGACCGCCUGCGCCCAGCCGAAGCCCGCGAACGACGCUGGAGCAAUAG